AGCUCUUUCCCAGCGCCCGCUCAUCCUCUCCCACUAUUUCACGGAUUCGUCGCUCUCUCCCCACUGAUUCUUCGCUUUUACUCCCAUUGCAGUCCCCCCUCUCGUGCUCGCUACAAUGUUCUCUCUUUCGCAUUCAAUUUCUCAAUCCGCCACCAAUUUCCCCUCUCUUUCGACCCCUGCAAUUCCCUUUAAACCCAUCUCUCUUUUGUCCCAUUUCUCGACUUCCUCACUACAAUCGUCUCCUUCCCUCUCCGUUUCUGUCCCUUGCCGCCGUUCCCAGUUCGGUUCUUCAGUAAUGUCGUCCAAUUCCCAGUUUUCUAACAUUGUGGACACUUCCGUUGACAUGGGUUUUGAUGAUCACGACCUCGAUCGCUUUGCCGAAGUUGCGAACAGGGUCGCGGAUGCUGCUGGGGAAGUGAUUCUGAAGUACUUUCGCAAGAAAUUUGAGAUCAUUGAUAAGGCGGAUUUCAGUCCUGUGACUGUGGCUGAUCAAGCAGCGGAGGAAUCUAUGGUUUCAGUUUUAAUGGAGAACUUUCCUUCUCAUGCUAUAUAUGGUGAGGAAAAAGGAUGGAGAUGCAAAGAGAAUUCAGCUGAUUUUGUUUGGGUUUUAGAUCCAAUAGAUGGCACAAAGAGUUUUAUUACUGGAAAACCCCUAUUUGGCACUCUGAUUGCAUUGUUAUAUAGAGGGAAACCAAUUCUGGGCAUCAUCGAUCAGCCUGUUCUGAGAGAAAGAUGGAUAGGAAUAAGUGGGAGGAGAACUGCAUUGAAUGGACAAAAUGUAUCUACAAGAUCUUGUUCAGACAUAUCACAGGCCUAUUUAUAUACGACAAGCCCUCAUCUAUUUAGUGGAGAAGCGGAUGAGGCAUUUGCUCGUGUGAGGAACAAGGUAAAAGUUCCCCUGUAUGGUUGUGACUGCUAUGCGUAUGCCCUUUUAGCAUCUGGCUUUGUAGAUCUUGUGAUUGAAUCUGGGCUCAAGCCGUAUGAUUUUCUCUCUCUAAUACCCAUAAUCAAAGGGGCUGGUGGUGUGAUAACCGAUUGGAAAGGAGAGGAACUUUAUUGGGAAGCCUUGCCUAAUUCCCCUGCAACAAGUUUUAAUGUGUUAGCAGCUGGGGAUAAAGUUAUCCAUCAACAAGCCCUUGAAUCAUUAAGAUGGGACUGAUAAUUCUAGAUACUCACAAGAGAGAAUGGUUUGUGACUGCAAGUUUUGGCCUCUUGGACUGAGUAACACAGAAUAAAUAAGCAAAUGCAAAGCAUAUCUAGUCUAGGUUCAUCUUUUAGAAGAAACAGAUCCUUCCCUCUCCCUUCAUUGUUCAUGUUAACGUAGGGGUCUCAUGUUAAGGGAGGGGGCAAUAGCUCUCUUAUGACGGAGUUUAGUGCUUUUGACAUAACCAUUAUAUGUUAAUCAGUGAUUAAAAUUGCCCGCCAAUCGUAGAUCCUAUGGUUUAUGGUUUCUUUGCAUUACCUUAAUAGGUUAAGAAUAUUAUUCAUAAGAUCACUUCUUCAAUACUGUCUAUGGAUGUAUGAUCUUCAUUAUGUGUA